ACUGUCACCAAUCACCAUCACAUGUCUGAUGACUUCUCGGUACCGUUUGUGAUCAGGAAGACGGUCUUCACUUUGAUAUACCAAGAAUCGAUUUCGUGAGUACAAGUAGAACCGCGUCGUCGGAAUGAAUUGAUCAUCCACCUCUCCGAUCGUCUGGCUUCAUUUCAACCGCGAUUGCGAGUUAAAAUCACACGGAGUGAGACUAAGAGGCAUAACCUGACACAGCGGCUACUGCCCGCCUCUCAGCCAUAAAAUGCAAAGUGUUAUCAAUUCUGUCAAAGGAACUGCUCUUGGGGUGGCCGAGUAUCUUACCCCAGUGUUGAAGGAAAGCAAAUUUAGAGAAACUGGAGUACUGACGCCUGAAGAGUUUGUGGCUGCCGGUGAUCACUUGGUGCAUCACUGCCCGACAUGGCAAUGGGCAACCGGAGACCAGGACAGAGUCAAAUCGUACUUACCAAAAAACAAACAGUUCUUGCUAACUCGCAAUGUACCUUGUUCCAGACGAUGCAAACAGAUAGAAUACUGCGAGGAUCACGAACGGGUCAUCGAGAUUGAUGACUCGGAAGGUGGCUGGGUUGAUACCCAUCACUACGACUCAAGUAUAGGAGGAAUAGAUGAGAAGGUAACUGAAAUGACACUGGAGGAAAGCCAGCCUCUGCCUCCUGGUGGAACAGGUGACUCAGAGGAGGAGGAUGAAGAUGAUGAUGAGCCAGCUGAUAUGGAGGCAUUUGAAGUCAGUGGCAUGUUAGAUGAGGACGAUAAGUUUGUCGCCGAGUCAGCACGCAAACCUGUCAAAGAAGAACGAGAUUCUGGCACUGAUGGUGACAUUAUCCGAACACGGACUUAUGACCUCCACAUCACCUAUGACAAAUAUUAUCAAACCCCUCGACUCUGGCUCUGUGGAUACGACGAGAAUCGCAAACCAUUGACGGUGGAAGAGAUGUAUGAAGACGUGAGCCAGGAUCACGCUAAGAAGACGGUAACAAUGGAAACCCACUCACAUCUCCCUGGCCCUCCAAUGGCUUCAGUGCAUCCAUGCAGGCACGCCGAAGUAAUGAAAAAGAUAAUAGAAACGGUCAUGGAGGGUGGGAGAGAAUUAGGAGUUCACAUGUACCUAAUUAUAUUCUUGAAAUUCGUUCAAUCGGUUAUUCCAACGAUUGAGUACGAUUACACGCAGAACUUCAUGUUGACCACCUCUGGCUAAAGAAGUGAAUAAACGAGCGCAAGCUACGCUGUAAUCCAUAGUUAUGCAAUUUCACUUUUAAUUGCUCUCGCGCUCCAGGAAACAUGAGGAAGAAUGAAACACAGCGUACCAAAUGAUUGGAAUUGAUCACGCAUCGUUCGAGAAUGAAUACCGCACGUGUUUGGUAUAUUAUCUGUAUGGAAUUACGAAUCCCGGAGUAUACAUCCUCGCUGGUAGCAGAGGUCUGUUCAAUGCAUGAAUCCAAAACGAUCAUAUAUCGUUCAGUGGAUUACAUUUAUGCGUCAACGAAUCUGUCGAAUUUCUCUUUGCUAGAUUUAUUUUUAGGUUUAAUUGAAUGUGCAGGAAACCGUGUCGAAAUAAUACUGAUUAAUUAUAUCAUUUUGCAUCUGCAAAUAAAUAGCUUUGAAAAUAUA